AUGGUGAACCUGUCCAACAUCCUGCUCAUCGCUCUUUACGCAGCCAUUGCCUCUGCUGAUUCCAGCUGUGGUAUUGGCCAGCAGCAAAUUAUAAGCGGCGCCGAACCAGACCAAGUCACAGUGUGCUGCCCAGGCGUCAUGAAGGCUAAAAGCAACAAUGGCUACUGCUGCAUCGGCGGUACAAACGACGACUGCGGCAAAACCACCUGCUUUGACGACACGAGCUCCUGCAGGGCCUUGAUCAACGUUCACGACUCGAAUUACGUGAAAGAGAUUGAGGACGCAGCCGGCGUCAAACCGCGCCGCCCCGGACAUCCCGAUGACUCGGAUGCCACAGACUCCGGAUCCAACUCAACCUCUGGUGAGUCGAGCCUGGCCGGCACCACGGCUGCUAUCACCAUCAACACCACAGCAACCUCCACUGGCUCUCCCAACUCGGCCUCUCCCGAGUCAGCCCCUGCUACUGCCUCCAAUUCUCAGGGCCCUGAUUCUACAGUGUCUAAUUCGGUUGCUGCAACAGACACUGGCGCUGCCGGCAACAAUCUCCCCAUCAUGGGCCUUGUUGUUGGUCUUGCAGCAGUACCCGCAAUCAUGUAUGGUCUUUAG